CCCCCCCGUGCCCCCCCUUUUCCGAUAAUGGAACGCGGCCGCUGACUCGCGUGCGCACGCCCCGUGCGCUCCGCGACGACGGCCAUGCACAUGAGGGCGGCGGCCGCGCUGCUGCCCUCCGCGGCCAUCUGCGCAGGCGCGCUCCGCUCCGCGGCUGGCCCGGCCCGGGAGGGCUCGGGCCUGAGCGCCGGGCCCAGCGCAUGGUCGGCCGCGAACGCCUCGGCGGUGAACAGGGCCUGUGGCUCUCCCCGUCGUCCUUGACGCUGGAGCUGCCGCCGGGCCUCGGCGCUCCGGAGGCGCCCGAGGGCGCGGCCGAGGCGGGCCUGGGCGGCAGGCUGCCACCCCCCAAGGGGGUCGCCAACUACCGCCAGUUGAUGACCAACUUCGCUGACGCCCAGUACGUGGCCUACCUCGACGUCGGCGGGCAGACGAUGGGCGCCGUCCUGGACACGGGCUCCUUCGAGAUGGUGGUGUUCUCCAGCUCGUGCUACUCCUGCGGGCAGGCCGCGAAGUACAGCGGCCGUGACAGCACCACGUACGUCCCGGGGAAGAGGGAGACGGAGCAGUCCUACGGCAGCGGCACAGCGUUCUCGCACGACGCUUGGGACUCCGUGAGGCUGGGCCCCUUCGGGUCGGACAACCAGACGUUCUGGGAGGUGGUCGACGCCGACAUGCCGGUGCUGGCGACCGCGAACUUCCACGCGGUGGUGGGCCUCGGCCCGCCAGAGACGCCCGCCGUGGACGCGUGGUCGAGCGCCGAGAGCGCUGCCCACACGAUCUUUGCGAUGGUGGAACACAUCGCGCAGGGCAUCCAGGAGAAGUCAGAGAUCGACUGGGCAAUGGGCAAAUUCGACCUGGCCUUCCAGUCGAACCGCCGGGGGACCGUCCUGCACAACUUUGGCGUCGCAGCCUUCUCCAUCUGUAUCGGCGCCAGGCCCGGGGCCGACGGCUACUUCGUCUGGAACGACACGAGCCACAGGGACUUCCCAGAGCGCUUCGUGCGGCUGCCCGUUGUUGGGGCCCAGACGUGGACCGUCGACGUGUCCGCGGUGAGGCUCACGCCUCGCCUCAGGCACUCCAGGGACGGCCACAUCGACGUCGGCUGCUCCGCGGAGCAGCCCUGCAGCGCCAUGAUCGACAGCGGCACCGCCCUGCUCGUGGUCCCGAGCUUCGCGGUGAGCGCACUGGCCGAGCAGGCCAGCAAGCUCAACGACGACUGCAGCAACAUCCAGGACCUCCCCGGGCUCAGCUUCACGAUGCACGGCUCCACGUUCACGCUCCCGCCCGACGCCUACAUCGGCCAGGUCACCGGGGAGGUCCCGGCCUACAUGCGGCUGAGCCCGCAGCUGCAGCUGAGCCCGCAGCUGCGGCGGCUGGGCCCGCACCUGCAGAGCCGGCGCCUGCGGAGCCCCAACGGCACGUGCGAGCUCGUGGUGAUGGAGUCCACCGCGCAGUCGAGCACGGGUCCGCUGUUCAUCCUCGGCCACCCGUUCUUCAGGGCCUACUACGCCACCUUCGACCUGGGCUCCACCGCCCGGGAGCGCGCCGUCCACGUGGCGCCCGCCACCGAGCAGUGCACGCCGGCGAAGGCCGUGCCGGGCGACACGGCGCUCGCGCGGCUCUCGGCCCAGGGCAGGCGCCAGGUGGUGCCGGAGACGCCGUUCUGGCGGCGCCUGGAGCCCUCGAAGAUGUUGAUGCCUCACGCGGUGCUCAAGGCUACCACGUCCCAAUUCGUCAAGGUCUGAGGAGGCGGCAGGCAGUUCCUCCCCGCCGCCCCCAUGGGCCCUUGGGUGCGCGAUCUUGCCUGGGUCGAGAAGGAUAGGGAGCGGAUGGGAGCCUGUGGCCAGCCCCGACGGAGGCUCAGGUGUAAGUGGCAAGUGCCGAUGUCCACUUGGUUUGCGUUCACGCGGGUGGACGGCGCAGGAGCAUCGGAGCCAGCUUGGAGACGUUUUUCGCGCGUCCUUCGUUUUGAUAA